AUGGGUCUCGGCGGCCACCUUUUGGACCCCUCUACGAUUAUAUCGCCAGAAUGGAGUCGGGCAAUUCGGAUCGUUGCUACCAUCUCCUCUAGUUUCAGUGUGAUUGGUACAGUGAUUACUAUAUACUGGUUCUUCAUGAUGAGGAGAAAUUUCAGAAGAAAUCUAAUUUUAUACCUCGUUCUGGCCGACUUCUUCAAAUCAUUAUGGUAUAUAAGUUUCUCGGCUGUGUCUCUACGUCGUGGUGCCAUUGACACAAACGGAUCAUUCUGUCAAGGUUUUGGCUUCUUGUUGCAGGCAUCAACCAUGGCAUGUGACUAUGCAAUCUUCAUCAUGUCAUUACACAUGUAUCUCCAGAUUUUCAGCACUGGUAGUAAGAUAUUUGGCCACGAUGGUCUGUAUCGCUUCAGACAUACCGUUAUGGCAGGAUGGUUCACAUUCCCUUUUCUGUGCGGUGUUCUUGCCUUCGUCAAAGGUCGUCAAGGUUAUAUCGCACAAGGACCCUUCUGCACCUUGCCGAUUCGCCCUUACUGGUACAGGCUUGCACUACAAUGGAUUCCCCGGUAUCUCAUCUGGGUCUACAUCAUGUUCGUGGCCGUCCGCAUCUAUCUCCACGUCGGGCAAGGCUUCAAAAUAUUUGCUCGCGAGGACAACCAAGACACGAGUACCGAGACACAUGGUUACGGAGAGAGCCUUGGUACGAUGCCCGGAGAGGGCACACAAACAUUACAGGUGCCAAAGAAGAGAAGUACUGGCGCUGGCGAGUUGCAAGAUCUUUCCGGUCUCAUGGAUAGCAACGCUUCCGCCGGCCAGGCACCCACGAGUAGCUCUAGCCAGGGUAGUCAUUCCACCUGGCCAACAUCUCUAAACUCUUCAGCCGAGGGUCUCAAAUUGCACUCUGCAAGCCACUCGAGACGAAGCAGUCACGUCGCCAAUGCCCAUGACGGCAACGCCCAAUACGAUCUCCUGCAAGUGCCACCUGAAGCAAAGCAGCAAAGACAAUCCGUCGCCUCUAUUACAUCCUGGAGAACUUCAGCCGACAUGACCGCCACCGUCAACACAUCUCCAGUCAGCCUCGAACCAAUCGACGAGGGACAACAAGUGAUGAGCGGCGAUAAACAAGACAUAGUCUCAGCCGACACACCUAUGAAGAAACGACGACGAGCGAUUCAGAGGCAACUGCGCCUUCUCUUCAUCUACCCUGUUACCUACCUCAUGGUCUGGACCAUUCCCUUUGUCUAUCAUUCUUUCAACUACAGCGACAAAUACGCCGCACAUCCCAUUCCAACCCUGGCAUUGCUCUCGACAUUCUCUUUGACGAUCGCUGGCACCGUGGAUUGCAUCGUGUUCGGAUGGAGAGAGAAGCCAUGGCAACACGUACCAGGAUCUGACGGCACCUUCCUCGGCAGCUUCAAAUUCUGGACCUUUAAAGGCCGUAAAAGAAGAUGGGCCACGCCCGCACCGAAACGUUUGCCAUCACUCGAGAGAGAUGAAGAAGAAGCCGUCGGGGGACUGGCGCAAGACUCGAAUUGGGCAAGACGUCCUAGUGCGCAACACAGACUUGCUUCAAUCCCUGGCAGCAAUAAGCCCAUGGUUCACAUGCACAAAAAGACAUUUUCAGGCACUUCGGAUCGGGCAACUAGGGCGGCAGAUCAAGCGGCAGAAAGACUGGCGCUGGAGAGAGCAGAUCGUCAGAGUCGCUUGUCCACACGCAAUUCAUCUGUCAACCCAGCGAACGAGUGGUUUGAGCGAAGGCUGAGCGAAUGCGUCAGUCAGACUCGUGAAAUUUCCAACUUCGAACUCCCGACACCCAGUCCUACUAAGGAGUGA